AUGGCAGAACGAUCAGUGACUCGUGACAGCCAGGAUGAUGGGUCUGUUGAAAGCCGUGACGAUAUCCCCCUCAAGAAAGCUACGGAUGAUGACAAUCUCGAUGAUGAGACGCAAAGUUAUCCAUCGACCUUACAACUGAUACCAAUUCUGGUCGGGCUGUGUCUUCAGUCUAUAUGCAUUGCCUUGGACAACACAAUCCUAUCAACGGCGGUUCCAAAGAUCACAGAGCAAUUCAAAUCCCUUGAAGACCUGUCCUGGUAUGCAAGCGCGUAUCUUCUCACGACCUGUGCAGUCACCCUUCCAUUUGGUAGGAUAUAUUCCUUCUACUCCACGAAAUGGACAUAUAUGAUCGCCCUGGCACUAUUUGAGAUUGGAUCGUUGAUAUGCGCUGUGACGCCAACAUCAAAGGGUUUAAUACUUGGGAGAGCCAUCGCUGGGAUUGGAUCUGGGGGAAUGUCACCCGGUGCUCUGCUUGUCCUGGCCAAUAGCGUCCCACUUCAUCGCCGGGCACUCUAUUUCGGGAUCAUAGGGAGCGCCAGCGGGAUAGCGACUAUCACUGGGCCGAUGCUAGGUGGAGUGUUGACUGAUCGGGCCAGCUGGCGAUGGUGUUUCUGGCUCAACCUACCCCUUGGUGCGAUUACCGCGCUCUUCAUGACAAUAUUUUUCAAAGACUCGAAAAAACGCCAAAAGGUCUCACCUGGGCGUUUGAAACAAAUCAAUCAAAUCGAUCCACUUGGGAUUGCUGCCUUUAUUCCCGCCAUAAUAUCCCUGCUAUUGACGCUUCAGUGGGGAGGGACCAAGUACGACUGGACAAAUUCACGAAUAAUUGCCCUAUUCAUUGUCUUUGCAGUAUUCGGGACAUUAUGGUGCGCUAUACAACUUUGGAAGCAAGAUGAUGCCACUGUUCCACCCCGUCUGCUCAAGGAUCGCAAUGUACUUGGGGCUGUGAUACAUGCAACGUUUCUGGGAGGUUCAUUCUUCGUUUUUGGAUACUACCUUCCUAUAUGGUUUCAGGCCAUUCAACAAGUGUCGGCCGCAGAGUCAGGAGUCAACAACCUGCCCAUGGUUGUCACGAUGAUCGUGUGCUCUGCAGUUGCAGGAGUUGUCGUAGAUCUCCUUGGUUAUUACACGCCAUUGAUGUUCCUUGGAAGCGCCCUUCUCACUGUUGGUUGUGGUCUUUGUACGACUUUUAAGGUACAUACACAUCACGCCCUCUGGAUAGGAUACGAGGUUAUCAUUGGAGUCGGAGCUGGAGUGGGGUUUCAACAGUGCUACAACGCCCUCCAGACUGUCCUUCCGCUGAAUGAUAUUCCUAUUGGCAUUGCCAUUAUCACGUUCUCACAGAGUCUGAGCGGGGCUCUAUUCAUCUCUAUUGCGCAAAAUGUCUUCCAAAACCGCUUGAUUGAGAACAUGACCCGCUAUGCUCCAAUGAUUGAUCCUGGAGCUAUCAUCCAAGGGGGUGCAGCGAAUCUGGCAGAGCGAAUCCCGCCGAGACUCCUCCCAUCAGCGCUUUUUGCAUAUAAUAUUGCGGUCACUCAGACAUUUUAUGUGUCGGUGGGCACAGCCGCACUAUCCUUCCUCGGAGCAGGCCUUGUGGAAUGGAAAUCAAUGCGAAAGGAACAAAAAUGUGAGGAGACGAAGGAUUCACUAUGA